CAUCCGUCAAUAAUAUCAAGAAUCCGAGAGGGGCACUGUCGCCGUCCAGCGAGUGUCUGUGAUUAAUCCGAUGCAUCACAAAGGGUCUUGUGGUCCAUCGUCGUAAGCCCACGUUCGCAUGUAGGUCAAUACAAGCUGGCAUUGUCGAACGAACUUGCGGUUUGCUCUCUCUGUAGCCAGCCAAUGCACGAUGCUAAGAAGCAGCAUUCUUGUUCGUUCAAUCGGCAGCCGUGCCGACACUGCGUAGCCGCAAGGCUCAUUGAUCACGGAAACGCAACACCGCGGUCAAUUGGUGUCAGCACCCGAUAAGGCUAUGGGAAGCACUGGCCCCCACGUUUAUCGGGAGCUUUCUGAUAUGGAUCAUGGACGGGAAAAUUGCCAGAACUUUGCUGUUAGUAGACUUUUGUGCAAUGUGUAUCACUGGCAGGUAUCUAGCAGAAGAUGGAGUCGACUUUCACGAGAUUUAGCCGGGAGAAUCACUGAAUCUUCCACCUUGGCAACUUUGGACAGAAACUGGUCAGUUACAGUGAUAUGGCGAUAUAGUAACUGGACCAACGGAACCGUAGAUCGCCCUCCUGCAACCCGGUUUCGAGGCUUAGGUCGGCGAUCGUCGGUGGUGGUGCUAGUCGCAUCGAUGGAAUGCCAAAUGAAGAGAGGUUCUUUCGGUGUUCAUGACUCUCUGUCCACGAUGUCAUCAAUGACAUCGCUUAUUACCUUUCUCGAGCCCACAUUGUAUUGGGCCACCUCUUGCCAUGCUCACCACGGCAUAACAACGGGAGUUGUUUUCAAAUUGUCUAUGGGUGAACGUCGCAACGGUUGUAGGAGCCAGUGUCACAAAGUAUACUCUGCUGCAGGGUUCAAUUUUUGCAUUUGGCAUCUUGAUCAAAGCUCGUUGGUGGAGCAAAGUUUGAGCAUAACCUUCAUCAUACUUGGAGAGAUCAAGAGUAAAAGUGCGAUUUCGGGAAGCAUAGUGACUUUGAUCGACCUUAUCGAUUCGAGUGUACCCAGUUGGAGGAGACAUCAAGGUUUCAUGAACGGAUCAGGGCGAGAAUGACACCUUAAUGUUAUUCCCGGGAUACUCAGCAACUCCUUGGCCCAGCCCACAGGGAUAGCAGAUGUGUGGUAUCAGUCUUCGACAAAGCUGUCAAUACCGUUCCUGCCUCUAUAAUCAACACAGGCAACCCUGAGUAGAAGGAUAAAAGUAGGCAACCGCAAGUGUCGCCGCGGACCGAACUUAUCAGGCCCUGGA